AUUAAUCUUUCGUGAUUAAACCCACGUCACUAGCUGCCCCGAAUAUUAACUCUUUCUACAACACGCACUCGUCUGUUGAGUCCCAAAGGUGAAAGACUUAGCAGCAAGGGAACCGUGUAAGCGAGCAUACCCUGUGAGAGUUGGCUUUCUGCUAGCAAAGCUCUCUUCAAAUCAUCUCCAAACAGGCUGUGACUGUCUCCUCUAGUAAAGUCACAACAUGUCAGUUCUGCCAAGGGUACUAGCGCUCCUCAUAGUGGGGUGCGCAGUGAGCCCUGUUAUUAGCAAGCUGAAGAUCAGACUCGUUAACGGCAAGGAACCGUACAUGGGGAAGAUCGAGGUUUGGCAUGACGAUCGCUGGGGAGAGGUCUGUGAUCACGGAUGGGACUAUAAAGGUGCUCGUGUCGUCUGCAGAAUGCUCGGGUAUCCGGAUGCCAUUCGCUUCACGUUUGGUGAUUGGUUCGGUCGUGGCACAGGCUAUUUUUGGCUCGAUGACCUCAAGUGUAAUGGAACAGAGGACAGUCUUGAUGAAUGUCCGCGCAAGCCCUGGGGCGAGACGAAUUGCCAAGCCAAAAAUAUGGCAGGAGUUGUUUGCAAGCAGCACGAAAAAGAUUUGAUCAUUAAACCAAAGACACGCGGUCUCUCAGAGCUUCCUGUACGAUUAGUGGGACCUAUUGAAAACGACCAGAUCAGAGAAGGUAUUUUGCAAAUCAAGGUGAAUGGGGAAUGGGGAUACGUAUGUCCAAAGUUUUGGAUACACAUGAAUUCGCGGGUGGCCUGUGGUAUGCUUGGGUUCAAGGACUACAUCAAGACGCCUAUGAGAGUACUUUCAGCAAGGGCAAAAGGAAAACCACCAUUGGGCGCAAAAGCAAGGGCAAGAGCAAGACCAUUAUCGGCCACAGAGGAAGUUCAACAAGAUGACAGUCCCAAGGCAGAGAGUUACCUUAUGAGCGAGGUCUCGUGCGGUGGUCAUGAAGCCUCGUUAGUGGAGUGUAAGCACGUGGGAUUUGGGCCAAUCAAAUGCGACGAGGGAUUUCCGGUCAUUAUCAAGUGCAUGCGAUCAGAUCCUGUCAGACAGCCUGAGACUGUGCGCUUGCGCAGUGGGGUUCAGCUGUGGGAAGGUCGUGUUGAAGUGACAAGCGAUCGAUACAGAAAUUACUGGGGCUCCGUGUGUGACGAUAGGUUCACACAUAAGGAAGCAAAUGUGGUGUGCAGAGCACUCGGGUGGGGGACGGCGAAAUACGUGUACCGGAACGCCUGGUUCGGACAGGCAACGGGGAAGAUCUUCAUGGACGAUGUUUCGUGCCGAGGUUGGGAGAAAAACCUGCAUAGCUGCAAAUAUCGCAACAGCCGCCGGGGGAACUGCGACCACUACGAGGACGUGGGCGUUAGAUGCAAUGCACCAACGCUAUAUAACCACAAGAUUCGCCUAACUGGUGGAGAAACCGACAUGGAUGGCCGAGUAGAGUUCUUUAUGGAUGGUCAGUGGGGCACGGUGUGCGGGGACUCAUGGGGGCUGAAAGAAGCCAUUGUUGUUUGUCGGCAUCUCGAGCUCGGGUUCGCUAAAGAGUUUCUGACGUUGGAAUCUGAAUCUGAGGGUAAUGUGAGCAUGGUCGAUACGAGAUGUACAGGAAAGGAGCGGUCGUUGCUUCAAUGCCGCCAAAGGAUCUCUCAGUCGAGGUGUCCUACUAACAUGCGGGCAGGUGUCAGAUGUGUGAAAAAGUUGCCUGAUUUGGUGGUAAACAUAGAGGAACUUGGAAACGACCGUAACUACCGCAUCGAUCAGAUACCGCUGGCGUAUCUUUCAUGCGCCUUUGAAGAAAACUGUCUUUCUGCUUCGGCCAAUAGGGACUGGCCUCAAAGGCAUUUCAACAUGUUCAACAGGCGCUUGAUAAGGUUUUCAAACCGGAUCGAGAACCGUGGACUUGAUCACUUUAAACCCAAGUCGGACAAAUCCCAAUGGACGUGGCAUUCUUGUCACAAGCAUUAUCACUCCAUGGAAGUUUUCAGUACAUAUGAUCUAAUAGACGACCGCGGACAAAAGGUCGCAGAAGGCCACAAGGCCAGCUUCUGCCUAGAAGACACAGGGUGUGACGCGGGGAUACAUCGGCAUUGGAACUGUACAGAUGGGGGCGACCAGGGAGUCAAACCAAACUGUUAUGACGAGUACAAAUGGACUAUCGACUGUCAGUGGAUAGAUGUUACCGAUCGUCCACAUGGAAACUACAGGCUGCAAAUCAAAGUCAACCCAAAUCAGAUGGUCGCGGAGACUGAUUAUGACAACAACAUUGCUAUGUGUGACGCGUAUGACUACGGGAGCUUCUUGCUUAUGCAAAACUGUUAUUUGGAUCAUUGCUACAGUGGUGUUCGGACGACAAGCGGGAACUCCUACGGAGCGUGCUGCUACUUCCCCUUUAAAUAUCGCGGCAAAUUGUACGACUCGUGUACUAAGUUCGGCUACAACCAGGCCUGGUGCUCAACCACGGGCAACUUCGACAGGGAACGGAAGUGGGGAGUUUGUGUGGAUCUCUAGAAUUACCACCACAGAGAAAUAUCGAGGUAGUAAUUUGUAUGUAUCCAUAUUGGAUAUUUCCAAUAUAUAAGAAUAGUUGUUCGAUCCAUGGAUAAGUAAAGCCAAUAAACGAA